CAGUGGCACACAUUUCAACAGACUAGUAUGGUGAAUGAAUCUAAGACUGCAGUGAAGACAGAAGAGAUGGUAACAGCCUCCGAUGAUGACAUGUGGUGGGGUACACUCGGUACUGUCCGUCCCUUUCCAGACUUUAAUGAAGAAAAAGAUGCCCUUCAAAUUCAGGAUGCCCUGAAGGAGAAAGAUGUGGGCACACUGGUGAGAAUCCUGACCAACCGCACCAAUGCACAGCGUCAGAGCCUCGUCAAGGCCUAUCACACACUCACAAAAAAGGACCUGGCUCCCGCCCUAAAGAAAGCUCUCUCUGGGGAUCUGGAGUCCCUGCUGCUGGGCCUCCUGAUGUUACCGGGGCAGUUUGACGCCCACCGCCUCCGACAGGCCAUGCAGGGAUUGGGUACAGAUGAAGAGACUCUGCUGGAGGUUUUGUGCACAAGGUCCCCACAUCAGCUCAAAGACAUAACAGCCACCUACAAACAGGAGUAUGGGAAGGACCUGGAGAAAGACCUGAUCAGUGAGACGAGUGGAGACUUCACCAAGCUGCUUCAGGCCCUGCUGAAGAAGGAAAACAGUACUGGAGUGGUAGACAAGGACACAAAAGAUCUCAUUGAUGCUGUCAAUGGAAAGAAGGCAGAUGUUGCUGUUUGGAUCAGGAUUCUCACCACAAGGGAUCCUGACCAUCUCAAUAAAGUGUUGUACAGAUGGGAGAUUGAGACGGGGAAGACGAUGGCACAAGCAGUACAGCAGCAUUUUGGAGACACUUCAGGGGACCUGCAAUUAGGGCUCCGCACAUUGGUGAGCUGUAUCCAGAACCCCUCUCUCUACCUGGCCCAGCGGAUCCACAGCAUGACGGGUGCAGUGGCUCAGGGUAUACUGGUGUCCCACAGUGAGGAGGAUCUGUUGAGUUUGAGAGUGGAGUACCGCAGACUGACUGGAACCUCUCUCUAUUCAACCCUGCAGAAGGCAAAUAAAGGACAUCUCCAGGAGGCACUUCUGGCUCUGUGCCGUUCUGAAGACCUUUAGGAGAGGAGUCUGGCCAUCUUUUUUUUUUAUAAUUAGCCUUUAGUUUCUGAUUGGACUGUUUUAUU